AUGCAGUCCAAGAGAACAAAGAAGGUCGGAAUCACCGGUAAGUACGGUAUCAGAUAUGGUUCUUCCUUGAGAAGACAAUGUAAGAAGUUGGAAAUCCAACAACAUUCUAGAUACGACUGUUCUUUCUGUGGUAAGAAGUCUGUCAAGAGAGAUGCUACUGGUAUCUGGACUUGUAAGUCUUGUAAGAAGUCUGUUGCAGGUGGUGCUUACACUGUCUCUACUGCAGCUGCUGCAACCAUCAGAUCUACCAUCAGACCUCAGUUUCAUCAUUUCGAAAUUUCUGUUUUUCCAACCAAUUGUUUCGGUCUACAGAGCUUAUUCACGAUGAAGAAGUCACAGAUCAGAGCAAACCUACUUGAUGAAACUGCUCCUUUUGUGCAACCUUCUGGGCAGACUUCUUCGUACUCGAAACAUCAACAUAGUCAAGGUUACAUGAACAACAAAUCGCAACCACAACAGCAGCUCCCGCCACAGCAGCAUCAACAAAUGCAAUACGCAUUGCACCCACAGCAGCAGUACCAGCAGUACCCCGCAGACCCCUACAAUGGGAGUCGAAACUCUCAUCAUCCGCAGCAAAGACAGGCUCUAUCUCCUCCACAGCCACAACCCCAUCGCCAACACCACAGUGCGUCAUACGGUACCAAUCCAAACCCUAAGUAUGCCUACAAUUAUGAUCAGCAGAGACCCCUGAGUCAAAAUCAUCAUUCGUAUCCGGUGAACCAUGCUCCGGGGCCUGAUUAUCAGGGCGGGUAUCAAGAAGGAUAUGACGCACACCCACAAUAUAUGGAUCAAUCAAGAGUUUCCUAUAACGGCCCCAACGGCCCUUACCAACCGCCACCGCAAUCCCAACCAUACCACGAUCCAUAUCAAGCACAACCCCGUUCGCAUAGUCAUUCGUACAAUCAACCGUCCCAUCCUAUUCCUCAAGCUAGAUCUCAAUCUGAAUCGUAUCCUCAGACAGGAAUUCCUCCACAGCAGGAACCUCUACAUCCUAGUCAACAGCUGUUUACAGUUGAGGACUCAGAUGGCUAUGGUAACACUACGAAGUCGAAGAGUAAUAAGAGCGGAAAGAGUAAGAGUCGUGCUAUAAAUGUUGCCGAUGGUGAUAAUGACCAAGAGGUUCCCAGUACAUCCUUCGAAAUGAUUGCAAGAACCACUAGCAUCGAACAGGAUAAAAUUCAGCAACUAGAAGAAAAAAUCCAGCGCUUAGAGCGUGUACUUGCACUUCAAGAAUUAGAGAGCAAAACAAGUAGGUCUAGUACCUCAAUAGAUAAAGUUCCCGACAUUGCAAGCGAACCCCAACAACAGCAACAACCAGCACCAGCACCAGCGCCUGCACCAGCAUCAGCAUCAGCACCAGCCCUACCAACACCACCUGCGAAAUCAACGAAAACUGCGACCAAGUCAGCAUCGAAACUACCACCAUUGACAAACACGGGCGCUCCUCCAUUACCACCUCCUCCACCUGCAGAUAAAAAAUCUUUGUUGAACAGCCCUAAAGCUAAUCUCUUUCUAUCUGGACUCGAUUCAUCAUCCAAAGGGUCUGAUGACUUACGCUUGAGUGCAUCCUCCUUGAUACCCACAGAGAAAUCGCUUUCCGAUCUUUCUGAUGGCGAUGGUGAUCAUAGUAUAGAGCUCAAUGAUGAAGAGCCUCCUCCGUCAUACGAGGAAUUAGAGAAAUCAGGCAGCUUGACAUAUUCACAAUCGAUUUAUAGAACAGGAUUUGAGAAAGCCGGUUAUCAAAUGGACCACGUUAUUACGCCAACUAAUCCUGUUGCAGAAUCGUCGAAUGAGACAACCAAAAGCACGGGUAAGAUAACAAGGGAACUUAUGUCGAAGAGAAAAAUUCCUUCCCAGAUAACUGAUGAAAUGUUCGAAAAAGCAGCAUUUAAAACUUCCUUGAGCUCAAUACCGACCUUGUCGUCGGAGACUCCAGCGAAAACAGUCACUGAAUCAUCAACUUCUCAGCUGAAGUCCUCUGUUACGGCGCCUUCUCCAGUACAAAUACCAUCGCAAAUGUCGCAGGUGCCGCCCCCUAUUGCAGCUAAAUCUCGAAAUUCACUAAAAAACCAUGUCACUCCAUUCCAUAGUGAGUUUAAACCACCUGCCAGACUUGAGAACUCGGCAUCUGCUACAAACAGCAAACAAUCUCGAUCCACAAUGGAUUCAUCAUUAUAUACUCCAAAGGCGACAACUAGCGAACUGACUAAUAUCAUCAAAUAUUCCACAGAUCUUUCCUUUGAAUCUUUGGCCAAUGGCGUGAUCAAACCAAUACUACCGUCACAAUCGAGGGAGUCUACGGAGGAGACGAUUGCAAGGUUUAGAAAAACUAGAGAAAAGGCACUUGCAGACUAUAAACAGUUUACACCAAGGGUUCAAUUUUUUUGGGCAAUUUUACUUGUUGAAACGCUGAGUAAGUCUGAAGUUUUAUCUAAGAUGACUAUUGACGGCAAACUAAGGAAGAAUCCAGUAUCAUACAAGAAAUUGAAAAAACAAAGGUUGAUGUUUCUAACCACUGCUAUCAAGGUGCUGGAAAAGCUGAUACAAAUUGCACCUAAUGACACCAGGGCUCGGCUAUAUCUAGGAGAUAUUUAUUCUGGCGGUAUUCAUCCAGGAUUGAUUGAACGUGAUGAGGCAUUAGGGUACCAAUUGUUUUAUGACGCUGCUACAAAGCAGAAUGAUCCUGUUGCAUGCUACAGAAUUGCGUGCUGCCUGGAAUCCGGGGUAGGGUGCAAGCAAGAUAUCUCCAAAAGCAUAGUUUUCUUUGAACGUGGUGCAACGCUAGGCGAUCCUUCGGCCAUGUGUCAACUUGGUAUGAUGCACUUUGCUGGGGUUAAUGGGUGUGUUCAAGAUAUUUCACUAUCUAUUGCGUACCAUAAACAGGCGUACGAGACGUUGAGGUCACGGACGGUUAUGGGGUUUGACCCAUUGAUUUCAUCCAGAUCUUUCCAAGACGCCAGAGGUGCUUUGUACACGCUUGCGAAGCUGCACCAGACUGAUCGCCAGAUUUUGUGUUUGGCCGAUGGCAACGACGACAAGACAAGAAAGACGAUUGAAGAGCUGAAGUUUGCCAACGUAUGGUGUAACUCUUCCAAGGCAUUGAAGUACUACCUUGAAGCUGCGAAGUUGGACCACAACGAGUCCCAGGCCUGCCUCGGGUACUAUUACUCACAAGGGUUUUUCCCGACGUACUCGUUCAAAUCAGACAAGGAGGCCAACGACGGUGUGCCGAACACACUGGACGCGAGGAAGUCUAUAUACUGGUUCAGCAAGGCUGCAGCCGAUGGACAUACAUAUGCUUCGCUUGGCCUAGCGAGAUGGUACGGAUCAGGAGCUGUUGAUGGCGAGGGCAAGGUGAUUUUGAAGCGUGACGAGCAGCAGGCGUUCCUCUGGGGACGGAAGGCUGCCGACGCUGGGGAACUAGCGGAGGCGGAGUUCAUGAUUGGGGUCUGCUUUGAACAAGGGUUUGGGGUGGAGAAGAAUGCUGUGAUGGCUGCCAACUACUUUGAGCGGAGCGGGCGGAAGGGGUACAAGAAGGCCAUUCAGAAGCUCAAGGCGAUGAAGAAUGCCACGCGAUGA